ACGACGCGAAACCGCAAAAUAGAAGUUGUUCCUUCUAUACUCGUGUGAUAAUGCACAUUCUGAUUUGUGGUGUCUUCGCUAAUUGAUUGGCUCAGUGGAACUGAUCUGUUGACAUGUGCGUAUCGAGUGAAGAUAUGGUUUUUAUUUGUUGCCGAGGACGCAAGUUUCCUACAUCGACAUCGAUCUGAGUGAUCUCCUCGCCCUUUCGUUGCCGUUGAAGUCCUCGAUUUGAUGUAUGCACCCACAUCGGUUUCAUUCUGCAAGAAGAAGACUCCUUCCUCUGCCUCUCUGAAAACAUCGAAAAGUAGUCUAUAUGUGAUUAAUUUAGGGUAAGCACUACAGCUAUGGCUCAAUCAUAUUGUGUGUGUCUCACAAGUAAAUGAACUUUUACCACUAAUUAUAUGCUAGAACCAACUAGGCUCAAGCUGCUCAUCAUCAAUUUCAUCCUUCUUCUACACAGCAAAAAAUUGGAAUACAAGUACCUAGAGGUUGUAUUCUGAACCUACUUUGAGUUAGACAUCAUCGACAUUGCGUCAAGAGAAGUAGAAGAAGAAGUAUGACGACCGGGUCUGCAGGGGGCUCCGGUCCCUCGAAGCCGAAGAGCUUCUUCCGAACGACAGGGCAAGAGAUCGGUGCAGGCGUCAAAGUGCAGAUAAAAAACAAGAAGGAUCUGUUGGGCGCAGAGGAGGUAAUCAGACGAACUGAUGACCUAAGGAAGCCAGUAAAACCCGAAGUCGCUGACACGGACUUUAUCAUGACAAACACGAUAAAAAAAGAGACGGAAACUAUCAUGGCAGAGCGAGUAUUCUUGAAGAUCACUACUAUUUUUCCGCCUUUGAUGAAGAAGAUGAUCAUGAAAACACCAAUAUCCUCUAAGUCGUGACUUGUUUAUCUUUUUCUAAGAGUAACUCCUAAUAAGUCAUCGACUUCAUAGUAUACGACCCGUUUCUUUUCCCACGACCAUCGGAAAGCGAACACGACACCGAGACUUACACAUUCUAGUUCAAAUGUACUUUAAGAAUAGGUGAUGGAUAUCCAUGGGGUGCCAAUGCUAAUGCAUCAAAUCAUAACAGGUUUUAUCUGCACACGUUUUACCCAAGAAAUUUCCAGUUGAUCCAGACAGGAUGAUCUAUCCGGAACGAGGGAACGUGAACCCGCUCUACGCUACUACAAACAGCAUCUAUGGUUAAGGCACGACACUUCCAAUUUGAUUUUUUGGAGAUGGAUCAGUGGAAAUUCCCUUACUAGCGUUUUUUUAGUUUUUACCUUGUUACUACAACUACUAGUUACUGCUGGCUCGACGUCUCACCAGGCAGUGGUAGUGCUAGUAGUAGUAAUCAGACUCUUCAAUAUCAAUACUUCUCAAUACACUGUUGUUGAUCUUGUUGAGGGUGAUGCCCGCCAGCAGCAUCAUACAUCUUCAUCUUUAGACCAUUGAAACAAGUAGUCCUUGUACUACUUUUACUCCAUCACGAACUACGUCUUCUAAUACCCGAACGAGAAGCCAAGAGGACAUCAGGUGGCAGAUGCGUUUUUUCCAAAGAGCAACAAGUUUUCGCACAGUUUUACGGAUAGUAAGCCUCGAAACUGCGGUCUCAACUGCGCGAAGGAUGAGGAGGUAUACAGGAGCAACGGACUCUAGAGAUCUUGGGGAAUUUGGAGGAAACUUCGUAACUGUUACACACAGGUCGUGUAAGUAGGAUGAUCUCUUUUCGUCCACCUAGGUUGUCGUGUCGUCAUAUUUAUUCCAUCUCAAACGAAUAAAAUCAAUGAUGCUUAACUAGAAAUUAGUGGUCUUUCAUCUCAAGAAAUCCAAUUAUUAACCUACCUAUUCGCGCAAACAAGAUACUACAGAUACGAUGGAACUACUAGUAGGUGCAGGAUGUACUAAUACUAAAGAUUCAGUGAACAAGUAGUUUUGAUAUCCUCGAGCAGAGGUCGGUUCUUGAUGUCUUCGUAAACAUCAAUAUUAUUGACGUCUGUUCUAUUCGAAAUUUAGUUUUGAUAUCACAGAGAAAUGGACUUGAGUUUACAAUUACAUGUAUGGUUGCUUGAAAAAUCGCAGAUUUGAGGGGGGCAGGAAGUUGUUGUAUUCAUAUUGCCAAGAACCAAAGGAUAAGUAUUUAACAAGACGGAUGUCGAAUGUACUGAAAAACUCAAAUCAUAACUGUACCUACGACUACAACUACAACUAGCGGUGCGUCGAAGCAGUGACGAAGCUAAUGUUGUGUUAGAACAACAACAGAGACUGCCCACGUCGAAAAAGCAUAGAUUGAGGAAAUAGAUGAUAGAGGAGACAGCUGCUGCUCAAACGUCAGGAAAAACAACCUCCACCGCUGCAAUAUCAUGACUUCGAAAAGGGGCGUGGUGACACAGUUAGUUACGAAUAAGUGCGCCUGAGCCCGCCCAAAGAGAGAUCAAAAGUAAAAGUUUUCUCAAAAA